GGGCCUCAUCGCACAUCACACAGACGUCGCAGCGAUAAAGCAUUCAUCCUCCGUCAACAGGAAACUCUCUCAACACCAACACCAUCAACAACAACACCACACACAUCAUGUCUCCCGCACAGUUUCUGCGCGAAUACAAAUUGGUCGUGGUAGGAGGAGGAGGCGUCGGCAAAUCGUGUUUAACGAUCCAGCUCAUCCAGAGUCACUUUGUGGACGAGUAUGACCCUACAAUUGAAGACUCGUACCGCAAGCAGUGCGUGAUUGACGAUGAAGUCGCACUUCUCGACGUGUUGGAUACCGCAGGCCAGGAAGAGUACUCUGCGAUGCGGGAGCAGUACAUGCGCACGGGAGAAGGCUUCCUCUUGGUCUACUCCAUCACCAGCCGGACGAGUUUCAUCGAGAUUGCCACAUUCCAACAACAGAUUCUGCGAGUGAAGGACAAGGAUUACUUCCCGGUGAUUGUCGUGGGAAACAAGUGCGAUCUGGACAUGGAUCGGGCUGUCAGUCAGCAAGAGGGCCGUGACUUGGCCGCCCACUUCUCGUGCCGGUUCAUCGAAACCUCGGCGAAAGCUAGAAUCAAUGUUGACGAGGCCUUCUACAACUUGGUCCGUGAGAUCCGUCGGUACAACAAAGACCAGGCCGGAGGUUCGGCCUCGCCGGGUGGAGGUCCCGGUACCCAAAGCGGUGGCAACGGUGGAGCCGGCGGUGGCCCAGGAUACAACAAGGAACAAGACAACAACGCAGGCUGCUGCGGCAGUUGCGUCAUCUUGUAAGGUGGUGGCGGCGACGACGAUGAGGCGAGUCGAAAAGGAACUUUCAAUAAACGAUACGACACGACACGUCCCCGGGCGGCACCAUCAAUCGGUUGUACCGCUGGCGCAAAAAACCCCCUUCCUUUUUUCUUUUCCUUAC